UUUAUCAGAGUGUGGUGGUGUUGUUUUAUCAGAGUGUGGUGGUGUUGUUUUAUCAGAGUGUGGUGGUGUUGUUCCAUCGCAGUGUGGCAGUGAUGUUUUAUCACAGUGUGGCAGUGAUGUUUUAUCACAGUGUGGCAGUGAUGUUUUAUCAGAGUGUGGCAGUGAUGUUUUAUCACAGUGUGGAGGUGUUUUAUCAGAGUGUGGAGGCAAUAUUUUAUCAGAGUGUGGUGGUGGUGUUCUAUCACAGUGUGGCAGUGUUGUUCCAUCCGUGUGUGGCAGUGUUGUUCCAUCCGUGUGUGGCAGUGUUGUUCUAUCAGAGUGUGGAUGUUUCGUUCUAGCUGAGUGUGUAGAUGCUGAUCUUCCUUCCUUUACGCUGCUGCUUCUUCCUCCUACUUAUUGUGAGCAACCAGAAGUGAUCAGAUCAUGGCUCAGACACACAAGUGCAGACACAGAUUUAAAAUGUUGUGCUGAGUUCUGAUCUUGUCUCACUUUAAAGCAGUUCUGAAAGGAGGUUAGUGAUGUGGACAGUAGAAUGAAAACAUUUCAGAGGACUUUGUUAUUUUUCCAAGUUCUGUUCUGUGUGGAAAUGAAGAACCAGUCUGGAAAUGUUUUUACUGGAACAGAAGGAGGCAGUGUGGAAAUCUACUGUAAUUAUCCAGAUGGAUACCAGUAUGUGUCCCACUACUUCUGCCGUCAUCCAUGUGGUUAUUCUGAUGUUUUAAUUAAAACUGAGAGAGCUGAUAAAGUCACCUCUAAAGGCAGAUACUCUGUACUGAACACUGCGUCUGCACGGAGCUUUUCUGUCACCAUCAGAAACCUCAGAUCAGGAGAUUCUGGGGUUUAUUACUGUGGAAUAGAUCAAUGGGGAAAAGAUACACUUAGUAAAGUAGUGGUUACUGUCAAGAAAGUUUCCACUUCUCCAGCGUCCACUCAUCAAACCACUGAAUCUACAGAGAAGUCCAGUAGCACCCCAGUCACACAGUUUACUACAGAUAAUUCCAUGACAUAUGAACAAGCAUCAUCCACAACAUGGUCCACACAUUCUUCAGCCCAGCUCAUUAAUUCCACAACAUAUAGAUCAUCACCAGAACAGCCGUCACAAUCUUCAAUAAUGUUUGAGCUUCCUAUUUAUGGAGGGGUGCUUGGUCUGUUGCUGUGCUGUUUUCUUGUGGCUCUUGUGAUUCUCUAUAGGAGACGAUCCAACACACACUCUACAACUUUGAAACCACCUGCCCCUGAAAAUCUAAUCUCAGAGCCACCGCUUCAUCAGGAGGAGGUUUGCCACAUUUAUGAUGAGAUGUUGGCUGUGUACAGUUUAGCUGGUCCAGCUAAUACAGAGAACUCUUCAGAAACCUACAGUGUCCUCCAGUAUGUUCCCCCAAUGGAGGAAGACUCUUCUCUAUACUCUCUCAUUGGUCCUCACUAAGAUACCUCGCCCCUUAAACUCCAGGCAUAGAAUAAAUGAAAGUUAAGGAAAUAAUGGUAACACUUUCUACAAUUAUUACAAUAAUGUGAACUUUGAAAAUGGAGUAAAUGUGAAUAAAUGUAUGCAUAUAUAUAUUCAGAAUAUAUAUAAGAAUAUUGU